UGUACAGACUGCAAGAGUUGUUAGUAAUUUUAGAUGACCUUUAAAAAGUCCACUUCAUAACCAUCCAACUGAGGGAGAUUAUUGAUCAAGAGCAGAACAAAGUUCAUCAACAGUUGACUCUAACUUUCUGGCCAAUCUUGGGCUUAGAGGCGGGGGAUAGAAUAAAUGCAAGAUGAUACAUAUGCGCUUCAGUUCCUCGGAGGAGAAACCGAGGUCGGUUCAGAGUUUUUUAGCAGGCAGGAGAGCAUUUCGCAAACAUGGUAUCCCUAAAAUCUCCGUCCCCGGUGCCGGUGACCCGCGCGGAGGCGCUGCUCGCUCUGAGCUGCCUGGCUGUCGUUCUCCUCGCAUUCCUGCUGGUGCGCCAGCUCGUCAAGCAGAGGAGACCCCCUGGGUUUCCUCCCGGUCCAUCUCCCAUUCCAAUCAUAGGAAAUAUUUUUUCUCUCGCCACUGAGCCGCACGUCUUUCUCAAGAGGCAAAGCGAAGUUCACGGGCAGAUUUUUAGCCUUGACCUGGGAGGCAUAAUGACCGUGGUAUUAAAUGGUUAUGAUUGUGUAAAAGAAUGCCUUUAUCACCAGAGUGAGGUUUUUGCUGAUCGCCCUUCUCUGCCACUAUUUCAUAAAAUGACCAAAAUGGGUGGUCUUCUAAACUGUAAGUACGGGAAAGGCUGGAUUGAUCAUCGCAAGCUGGCCUGCAACUCUUUCCGUUACUAUGGCAGCAGCCAGAGACUGUUUGAGCGAAGAAUCACAGAAGAGUGCAUGUUCUUAGUUGAUUCAAUCGACAAAUACAAGGGAAAACCCUUCAACCCAAAACACCUUGUAACCAACGCCGUGUCAAACAUCACCAAUCUGAUCAUCUUUGGCCAGCGUUUCACCUACGAUGACAGCAACUUCCAGCAUAUGAUUGAGAUCUUCAGUGAGAACGUGGAGUUGGCUGUCAGUGGCUGGGCUCUCCUCUACAACGCCUUUCCUUGGAUUGAAUAUCUGCCCUUUGGAAAACACCAGAAGCUGUUCCACAAUGCUGCUGAGGUGUAUGACUUCCUGCAGAAGGUUAUAAUAGGAUUUUCCCAAGGCAGGGUGCCUCAUGCACCACGCCACUAUGUUGAUGCCUAUUUGGACGAGUUGGAGCAGAACGCAGGAGAUCCCAGGAGUUCUUUUACUUAUGAGAACCUCAUCUAUUCCGUGGGGGAGCUCAUUAUCGCCGGCACAGAGACCACAACCAACACCCUGCGUUGGGCUAUGCUGUACAUGGCCCUCUACCCCAACAUCCAAGAGAGGGUGCACAGAGAGAUCGACAGUGUGCUGACCAAUGGAAGGGCACCUUCUCUCGAGGACAAGCACAGGAUGCCCUAUGUGGAGGCUGUUCUGCAUGAGAUCCUUCGCUUCUGCAACAUUGUGCCUCUUGGUAUCUUCCGAGCCACCUCCCAGGACGCAAAAGUCAAUGGGUACACGAUUCCUAAAGGAACCAUGGUGAUCACAAACCUCUACUCAGUGCACUUUGAUGAGAAGUACUGGAGCGACCCAGGAGUCUUCUUACCAGAAAGGUUUCUGGACAACAGUGGGAACUUCAUAAGGCGUGAGGCCUUCCUUCCGUUCUCGUUAGGGAGGCGUCACUGUGUGGGUGAGCAGCUGGCCCGAAUGGAAAUGUUCCUAUUUUUUACCACAUUGCUCCAGAGGUUUCAUCUUCAGUUCCCUCCACGAACCGUUCCAACUGUAACUCCCAAACUUGGAAUGACCCUACAGCCCAAACCUUACUCCAUUUGUGCUAUCCGCAGGCAGCAGAGGUUUCAAUGCUCUGAAGGCACUCCUUAGCACAAGUAGGUUUGUCGGCUGCAGUGCACA